CUUAUGAAAUAUAAAAUGUUCAUAACUUAUUUUAAUAUAUCUGCUCUCCCAGGUUCAGGAUCACAUUCUCUGUGGGCACUUUCAACAUACAUCAUCGGAGAGACGCCUUUCCCUGAGUUUACGGUUGUGGUGAUGUUGGACGAUGUUCAAGUGACUUACUAUGACUCCAACAACAAACAGUUCUGUCUACAGGGGACAUACAUAUCACAGACGAAAACACAUGACGAUGAAGCUCAGGACGGAGCUUAUGUAUUUGGAGUAAUAUACCAGAGCAUGAAAGACAGAUCAUUUGAACUAAAGCACCACUUUAAUCUCACGGAAGGUGUUCAAGUUCAGCAAAAAUUAACGGGCUGUGAGAUGUUGGACAAUGGAGAACCAGCCUUGGUCAUGUUUAAGGAUGCGUUCAAUGCCAUUUAUACAGAUCGAACAUUAUAUUACAACAUGACACAUUUUACGUACGAUGCUGGGAGAAUACUACUAGGAUGGGAUGGGAUGAGGCAAGCAUAUGAAAGAACACUUUAUGAGAAUGUUUACCUUCCUGUUUGUAUAAAAUCACUGAAGACAAUCCUGAAGAGAGAGAAGAACGUUGUGAUGCGUAAAGUUCCUCCCAGACUCAGGUUGAUAAAGAAAGAGGUUUCUGGAGGGUUCCAGGUGAGCUGCUUGGCGUUUGGUUUCUACCCCCGCCACAUCAACAUGACCCUGCUGAGAGACGGCCAGCCAGUGGCAGAACAGGAGCUGACAGGGGGGGAGGUGCUGCCUAGUGGAGAUGGGAACUACCAGCUGAGGAAGAGUCUGGAGGUCAGUACUGAGGAGCUAAAGAAGAGACACAACUACACCUGUACUGCCUCUCACCUCAGUCUGGACAACAAGCUGGAUGUCAGUUGGGAGUCUGGGGCAGAGAGAGUUCACCUAUCCACCCUCUCAGUUCUACUGGUGAUGCUGCUGGUUGUUAUUCUAUUGGGCAUUUUCAUUUGUGUCAAAAGGAGGUGGCGUAACACUGCCUCCCAGUCUAAACUGGUCAACGUUGAUGCAACAGUGUCAGAGGAAAUUAUCCUGUCUUCAGAUUCUGAGAUUUAAUAAAAUGUUGGGACAGAACUUUUCAGAACAAUUCAGCUAAAUCCACAAAAUAGGACGACCCACACUAUUAUCAUUUGUAUUAUUAUUGCAGUAUUACAGAUGUAGGAUCUUAAUUUGAGCCAGUACGCGACAGCAGGAAAACAACACUGCAGCAACAGGAAAAAUCCUACAUGCUUUACAUUUCCUGCAACAGCUUCCCCUCAACAAAGGACUGUAAAGGAUCAGUUUGGGGAGACUGUUGACAAUAACCAACAUCUGGGCGUUAGUCCAGAUCUGCAUUUAUAUAUUUUAUAGGCUGGUUUGGCAUCCUGAGCAUUAACAAUUGUAAUCUGGUAGUUAUUUAUGUUAUGUAAUCUGUCAUUUAUAAUCAUGACUAUUCAUUAAUUUCAGAAUGUACUCAAAAUCUGUUCUGUAUCAGCUGAUAUCCAGUAUCUUACCCAGAAGGAGAUCAUGUGAUCAUGUGUAUGAGGUCUGUUUGUUAUUGUAAUGUCUUUACAGUGUCUGUGUUGUAUUGUAUGUAGUGUAUGUUACCCCCAGGCUGUACAGUAAUACCUUUAUUACAGACAAUAAAAUAUAGCCACAUUUAUUACUGCAUUGAUUCAUGUUAACUACAACAUUAAAUAAUGUAAUAAAGCAAUGUCAAA